CGGAGCAGAGGAGGCUUCGUCUGCAGCUCUUCAUAUGUCGCUGCCUCAUCAUCUGUCUAGGAAAAUAAUAAAUAUCAGCUAAUGAAAGCAAGUGUCAGUUCUGGUGGGGGGAUUUGCCAUCCGAAACCUACCGGUUCUGUCUGCGUGAAAUAGGGAAUGAACGACGAGACAGCAUCGGACAGCUGGAAGAGAAACUCCGGGUGCUCCAGUAUUGAGCAAAUGCUGGCUGUGAAUCCCGGAAAGACGCCCAUCAGUCUGCUGCAGGAGUAUGGAACGCGGAUAGGCAAGACCCCAGUGUAUGACCUGCUCAAGGCCGAGGGACAGGCCCACCAGCCCAACUUCACAUUCCGCGUCUCCGUCGGAGAGAUCAGCUGCACCGGCCAAGGACCCAGCAAGAAGGCAGCCAAGCACAAAGCAGCUGAGGCUGCUCUGAAGAUGCUCAAGGGAGGCCUCGGAGGUCCCGCUGGAGUCAGUGUUGGAGUAGACGGAUUUAUUGGGGUUGAUGUGCCUGCUGAUGGAGACGGCUCCCAGUCAGAGAUGAAGACCUCAGGCAGUUCUCAGCAGUCUGAAUGUAACCCUGUAGGGGCUCUGCAGGAAUUAGUGGUGCAGAAAGGAUGGCGUUUGCCAGAGUACACAGUCACCCAGGAGUCUGGCCCAGCACAUCGCAAAGAGUUUACCAUGACCUGCAGAGUCGAGAGAUUUGUAGAAAUUGGAAGCGGUACAUCUAAGAAACUAGCCAAGAGAAACGCUGCAGCUAAGAUGUUAUCACGUAUCCAUGAUGUCCCAGUAGACCUGAGGACCAGCAAUGACGCUGACACAGAAGAAGACACAUUUACCAUGCACAUGGGAAGCAGAGCUGAGUCAGGAAAAAGUAAAGGUUUCAGCUGUACAUGGGACUCUCUGCGUAACUCCGCUGGAGAAAAGAUCCUCCAGCUCCGCAGUCACCCUCUGGGUAUGCCUUCUGAUUCUAACUUCUGCUCUUUGCUGAGUGACCUGUCCGUGGAGCAGCGCUUCGAUGUCAGUUACCUGGAUCUAGAGGAGCGCAGUCUCAGCGGCCUGUGUCAGUGUCUCGUGGAGCUGUCCACACAGCCAAUCACAGUGUGCCACGGCUUUGCUCCGAAUAUAGAUGCUGCUCGAGCCAACGCGGCCCACAAUGCACUGCAGUACCUCAAAAUCAUGGCGGGAGGGAAAUGAUAGGCCUCGAUGAUUUCCUCCUCACAGACUCAAACUCGUCUACACAAUGCCAUCAUAAAUUUCCACUAUGGACAGCGGAGGCACUUUUGUGAUGAGUUUAAAUAAUGUGAAUACCUCAAAUUUGGAAAUAGAGACUUUGUGUGCCCUCAAAUUAACCCUGCGAGUUCCUUUUAGUCCUAUUGACAUGUAGUUGUUGCCAAUGAUAAUUUAGUUACCAAAAAAACUCAUAAGCCCCCCUUCUUGACAUUUUGCAUAUUUGUCACAAGUAAUUAAAAAAUGUAGUUUCAGUAUUUUUGCUUUUUGUCUUCAUGUCAUUCACUGUAUUUUCCUAAAUCUAAAGUUUCAAAAGUUCAUCUAAAUUAUAAAUGGUGCUUAUGCAGUGACUUCCACGUCCCAAGGAACUCCAGACAAAUUCAGAUGCAGUUAAAUAGUACAAAAGGUCAAAGGGGUUUGUAAAAUUGGGUGUUGGAUUUAUUGGUGAUUUGUUGAAUUACUGUUCUCAUGGUUGGAUGAAAACAAAAAAACACUCUAGCCAUGGUGUUGAAAUGCUGAGGAACAGAGACUCUGCCGAAUAAAUAUCAGAGGAUAAUUAUUGUAAAGAAGGACCCUUUUACAGAUGAGCAGGAAAAUGUGGCUUUUGUUUUUUGUUGUAUUUUGAUUUGACCCCAGAAACUUAAACUGUUUGUGUCUGUGAUGUUCUUACUGUUCGGCCAAGCUAUCUUUGUUUAAGGUUGUGACUUCAAAUUUGGUGUAAAGUUUUAGAAAGUUUUGCAUGAGGCGCUUUGUCGAUCAGUUUCUGACACAUUUGUGACUGGCCUGAUAGAGAAAGAAGUACAUUGAGUUUAAUGAUAAAAGCCUUACUCUUGUUAUUGAACAUACUAAAACCUUACUUUUAACUUUCUAUAUCACAGACCAUACAAAGCUGCCACAUAUUCUAAUGUGGCGUUUCAAUAUUAUUACCUCAAUAAUGUUUUUUGUGCUUGUUAUGCUCAGUAUUGUUGUUGUUUUGUUUUUUUUUGUUUUUUUUUUUUAAUCAUUUAACCCCCCUUUUUUCUGUUUACUUUUUUUCUCUGCCAACAUGAAUGUGACUCCAGUUAUGACAUUUAAAAACUGAUGAUGAUUUUCCAGAUUAUAUUCUUCGACUACCUGUUGUGUCUUGGUGUAAGGUUUCGCCACAACUGACCUCACUGUUGUUCCAUAUUGGUCAUUGCACUCACUUAAUAUAAGUAUUGAAAAUAGAAUAGAGUUUGCACUAUUACAGAAAAGAUCUUUUGCACAAUGCAGUCUGACCACAUUUCUGUACAUCUACCAGCACUGGCACCAAGUUCAGAGUGCUUGACGCAACAUUGACCUCAUUCUCUGAAAUGGCAGAUCUGCAUAAUGUUUUUCAGAUAAUUUAAAAAAGGAAGUUAACCGCUGGGUUUGAAUGAAUGCUGACACCAUUGAUGUCAAUGCUGACAUUAAAUUUGACUUUGUGGUUGGAGGAGAAAAUGUUGCCCAGUUUAAAAAGAUGUAAAUGAAAGAUAAGCUCCAUGGAAAAUUGUUUUCAAUAAAACAUUUUUUGUCAGUU